UACUAUACGAUUCUAAUUAUAUGCUUAUAAAUUAAGAACAAGCAGUCCGACGUUAUGAAGCAAAUUAGGCGGUGUUCGAAAAUAGUAACCACCUCACUAAUGAUUAUACCACUGACCCUAAUAGUGCCUGCAGAGGAGUAUUCCGUACUCAAUUACCACUCCCACUACCCACGGAGUAGUCCUCUCACUUGGAAUACCACCAAAGGUUCUUUUACAUCGUCUAUGGCGAUAGUCAAUAGUCAAAAUUGCCGAGAACCGGCGCUUUGCCACUCACCCCACAGAGGCGAUAUUAAUGGCAGACAUAUGCACCGAAAUCAAUUUUGGCUCUUCUUGCUGAGUGCUGAAGGUUUCCCAGGAAUAUCGAGAAUUAAAUGGGGUACGUAAGUACGUGGUCCGGCGGCUCCAAGUGUUCACACCAACCUGUUUUGAGUCAAUCACUCCGGCUGUGCGCUGUCUGUGCCAGUGUGUCCAUCACCCAUAAAAAUAUUGUCAAGCUGCUCAUCAAGCCUGGACCAGGCUGCUAUCAUUUUCGGGCCACUGGCAGACUGGUUCGGCAUCCCGAUUUGAUGCGGUCUACAG